AUGCUCAACCACGCCAUUGUCAGCGUCGCGUUAGCGCUCGCCACCCUUCCUUUUGCCGUUCAAGGAGCGCAACUGGCAGCACGCGCCCAAGAUCCCAUUUGCGAAUGGAUAGAAAGAGCAAUCUCCUCUGCUAGCAAUGUGUAUUAUCCAGGCGAUGCGCUCUACAACAAGGGCGUCGCUCACUGGGCCACAACUGCCGAUCAAGUCUCGAAGUGCGUUGUUGAACCAGGGACUGCAGCCGACGUUGGUAUGGUCCUCCGUAUCAUUGGCGGCACGCGUACGCCUUUCGCUGUGAAAGGCGCCGGACACUCACCCAACCCCAAGUUUGCGUCGACCACGGGAGUCCAUAUCUCCAUGUACCGCUUCAAUAAUGUCACCUACGACGCCGACGCUCAGACCGCAGACAUUGGAACUGGUCUGAUAUGGGACAACGUCUACGACGCGCUCGCGCCUCACGGCGUGAACAUCGUUGGCGGACGCGUCCCUGGUGUCGGAGUGGCUGGGUUUACGUUGGGCGGCGGUUACUCGUGGAAGACAAACCAAUUCGGAUUGACGGUCGAUACGCUCGUCGCUUUCGAGCUCGUCAGGCCUGAUGGGAAGGUGGUUAAGGUCACGCACGAGUCGGAUCCCCAGCUCUUCAUGGGCUUGAAGGGAGGAUUCAAUAACUUCGGAAUCGUCACAAAGUUCACUCUCAAGACCCACCCUCAGCCUGAAGUCUGGGGCGGCCCCAUACAAGUCGCCGCAGACCAGAUUGACGAGGUCACGGAUGCCACGGUCGAAUGGGACGCAACCGCGACAGAUCCUAAAGCACAGGUCAUGACCACCUACACUUACGCUCAGGGCGAGCUGCAUAUGACAGCCUUCCUCUUCUACGACGGACCCACUCAGCCUGCCGGCAUGUUCGAUCGCUUCCUCGCCAUUCCCAACCACGGAAGUAACGUCAAUACGCGUCCGUUUGCCGAUCUUGUCCAGUCCACACCCACCGGUGCUUCGUACGGUUUCCGUGGAAUCUUCAACGCCUUCUCCGUUCUUGAUACUACGAGGAGCUUGGUUGACGUCGUCAUUAACGAGACUCAGUACUGGGGCCAGCAGUUGAGCGCCAAGACUGGCAUCAUCACCACCUACGCCGUCGAGCCCUUCCUCCGCUCUAUCUACUCUCAUAACACCCAGCAAACUGCCUUCCCACCAACGCGCAGUAUCCCCUUCCUUCCCUUCAACAUCUACUACGCGUGGCUCAACUCUACCUACGACGAGGAAUUCUACAACGCCGCACGCGUGAGCACCAAGGUCAUCGUCGAUGCCGCAGUUGCAGAAGGACAGAGGGGCGCCGCGGACGCGCCUUUGUACCCGAACAACGCGAUUUUCGAUACCCCGAUCAACAAAGUCUAUGGAGCGAACAUCCCUACAAUGAGGGCAGUGAAGAGGAGAGUUGAUCCCGCGAAUGUUAUGGGUCUUGCCGGUGGAUGGAAGGUCUGA